UGGGACUUUUAUUUUGAAUCACUCGUUCUCUUUCACUGUUGCUGCUCGCUUGUCGCUUCACUGCUACACAAGACUCUUGUGUAACUAAGUAACAGGAGAAGCCGCGCUGUCCAAAUUACACAAUUAUAUGCAGACUUUGGUCAGUCUUGUUGCAGGUGUGGAAGUGUUUGGAGCUGAAUGCAGAAGGUCGUAGCAGUGCUUGGUGGGGGGAUUGGGGGUCUGUCGGCCUGUCAUCAUCUGAGCAAGAGUCCUAAUGUUUCCAAGGUUGUGCUGCUGGAGAAAUCUGGGAGAUGUGGGGGUUGGUUGAGCUCCAUACGGAGAGAUGACGGGGCCGUGUUUGAACAGGGACCACGAGGAGUGCGACCUGCAGGUGCUGUCGGCCGGAACACUUUGAAUAUGGUCUCUGAGUUGGGUCUUGAGUCUGAAAUCUUGUCUGUUACAAAAGAUCAUGUGGCAUCUAAGAACCGCUUCCUGUAUGUGAAGGGACAGCUGCACAAGAUGCCAUCUGGACCUGGUGGGGUAGUUCGCACCAUCCCUCCUUUCUCUCGACCCAUAAUUCAGAGCGUUCUGAAGGAGAUACUGAUCAGGAAAGGGACAGAGGAAGAUGAAUCUGUGCAUGCGUUUGUGUCCAGACGACUGGGUUCUGAGUUGGCUGAUAUAGCCAUAGACAGCCUGUGUAGAGGAGUUUUUGCUGGAGACAGCAGACAGUUGAGUGUACGGUCCUGCUUUCCACCUCUUUAUAAAGCAGAGCGGUCUCGGGGCUCCAUCGUUCUGGGCAUGCUGAUGGGUUCAGGAGGUGGUCCUGAAGUAGACCCUUCUGACUUGGCAAAGAGAGCAUCUAAAGAGUCCUGGACUCAAUGGUCUCUUAAAAGAGGCAUGCAGGCAUUCCCAGAGGCCUUGGAGGACAUGCUGAAGAGACGAGAACGAGUGGAGCUCCAUCAUCAUGCCAAAGUGAAGAGUCUGAAUAUGAACAAUGGAGGCUGGGAGAUCAAACUAGAUGAUGGCAUCUCUUUGAAAGCUGAUCAUGUGAUUUCUACACUACCUGCAUCAGAAUUGGCCUCUGUGCUGCCCCCUGCUGCUCAACCCCUGUCGGAACAGCUGCGAUCCAUCACUUCAGUAAAUGUUGCUGUGGUGAAUUUGGAAUAUGUAGGCUUCAUCCUUCCUGUUACUGGCUUUGGACAUUUGGUGCCUUCCUCUGAAGAUCCUGGUCUGUUGGGCGUGGUGUACGACUCUGUUCCCUUUCCACAGCACAAUCGGAGUGGAGGACUGACCACUAGACUGACGGUGAUGAUGGGGGGAGCGUGGUUUGAGCAGACGUUUGGUCAUCCUGAUGCAGUGACGGAGCAGACGCUGUUAGAUCGAGCCACCCAGGCUGUGACCUCUCACCUGAGCGUAAACUCUCAACCUGUAUGGAGCUGCGUCGCUUUACACAAGAAUUGCAUUCCACAGUAUCAUUUAGGACACUGGAAACAACUUGAAAAGAUGAGGCAAUACAUCAGCAACCACAAUCUGCCCCUUACACUGGCGGGAGCUUCCUACGAUGGUGUCUCUGUCAAUGAUGUUAUAUUUAGCGGCCGGACUGCAGCUGAGGGUCUCGUUGGGAAAACAUGACUGACACAACUUAAUUUUGUCUGCUUUUAUUGAAGAUUUAGGGUUGUGUGAUAGUGAUUUUUUCCCAGGAGUCACAAAAUGCAUAAGAUAUGAACAACAUCCUUUACUUGAACCCAGAAUGGACAUCAAGAAGAGUACAUCCAAUUGUUUGGUGAUGCACUAUAUUUAAAAAAAAAUCAUUAUCAGUGUAAUUUGAUAUAAUGUUUUGUUUUCCAGUCAAAUCUAAAUGUCCUUCAAAGAAGAUAUAUUGACUUGAAAAAUAAAACUGUGAAAGGUAAUAAGAGUGAAAAUAUUUUGUAAUUCAUUAGCUUGACAUUUUCUUGACAUCCCUAAAUUUUUAUGUUUCUCUUUUUUCAGUGAAAAAUGAGUCACCAAACAAUUAACUUUACCAGUGUUAUCAGUUAAUUGCAGCCAAGUGAUUGUAGAAUUUGACUGUGCCCAUGUGGUGCAUGAAUUAAAUAUUUUUUCAUGUUUGUCUGUGGUGAAAUUGAACUUUGGAUGAGGAAUAUUAUAUUUUUUCAUCAGUCAUUUUCAUCAAAGUUUGACAUAUUGGGCUGUGAAAUUGUCAAUUGCUACUGGUAUCUCACCAGAACUCACUCUUGCUUUAGGAAAGGUUACUCUGACCUUCAUUCACAUUACCUCAGCACCUAUCAAAAAUGGCUAGGGGUAGACUCAGAUUUUUGAUGUAGUAUAUUUCACCCGUUUCCUCCAUUUGUCUGAAAGAAGAUGGUGGUUUUCAGGUAUUUUGACUAGGCUGAGAUGAAGUGCCAUUAGAUCAGGCUGCACUUAAAAACAUUUUGCCCUGACAAUUUUACACCAUUACACUGAAGUGGCUUCAAUGGCAAAUUUACAACUUAUUUUUUGCAUUUGAGCCAAGCUGCAGAUUGGAAAUGGCUGUGACCAUCUGCAUUGUCAUUGACUUUCAAAGGGCAAAAAAUUCAAAGUAUAUAUACUAUUACUCAGAGAACCAGACCUUUAAUGGGUGCUUGAGAGCCAUUUGUUUCACACACAGAUGCUUUGCAAAGCAUUUCUCUUAAUGUGUCACGCAGCUUCAAUUUGUGAUAAUGUUUUAUCACAGAAAUGCACAGGUGUGCCUUUUUGCCUUUUACAUGCAGUAAUUGGGAGACAUCAGUGAAUGCAAUUUUAUAUUGCAUUGUUACAUUAUGGAUCCACAUGCAAUGGAGACUGAUUGCAUUGUUUUCAGACUUAGGUACUUAUGGUGCACGUGACUUUUUGUGUAGUAUGUAACUCAGCAGUAAUUCCAUGAAAGAUUUUUUUCUGAUAACCGCUUAAUAAAUGAUAAUGUGUUUUUGUGUGAUUGUCUCUGAGAAAUGGCUCUUUGAGUAUGAUAAAUAAAUGAGAUG